AGCCCCUUUCAAGCUUCGUCUCGCCGCCAUCCUCCCGCCAUGGACCUCGUCUCCCGCGUGCCCCUUUUGUGUACUUGAAUUCUGUUUGAUUUGUUUUUUUUGUGAUCGCAAUGACGAGCUGCCUGAAGGGUUUAUCUGAUCGAUGGUGAAGUUGAGAGGGAAAGUCUCCUUGUUUUGUGCUAGGGCAUUCUAGAUCCGGGGUGGUGCUGGUUUGGCGCUUCGAGAGUUGACGCACAUUUCCUUUUCUUGUAUUCAUCAGGAGUUUUUUUGAAGGGUUUUUAGUAGAGAGGAGAGGAUAUAUCGUGAGGGUGAGAGUAUGGGUGAGAUUUGGUAGUGUUGCAGGUGCGUGCAGUUUAUUCUGGUGCGAUCGCAUUCAGUGCAGCAUUAUCGGCAGCGAUGUAUAAUGGUGGAUCUCCGUGACAGCUGUGACGAUUGAUGUUUCCGGGAUGGAUUUUGGAGUGGUGUUGGCGGUAUAUUUGACGAUGUAUUGGAACCGAAAUCGCAUUGGCGUUAUGGAAAGCGAGUAGAGGUUGUGAUGCAGUGACGGGGAUUCUCCCGCAGCUGCAGUUAUUUGGAGAUACUUUGGCGCGAAAAUAACGAAAUUAUGGAUCGUGUGGAUCAGCCAGAGGUUGGCAAGUUUGAUUCGUUUCGGAACAUUGACUGGACAUAUGAAUUCUCAGCUCCAAAAUACUACGACUUCACCUAUGAAGAGACAGAUGCAGACGCGUUGGCAGCAGAGGGAUGGUUCGAAUUAGCGAUACCGUACGAAAAUUCUCCUCAUGUUUUUAAAACAAAAUCGAUCCCAGAGCUUCAGUCCACUGCAAGGGGGAGAAAUCAUUGUGGCAAACUUGAGGCAUUACAGAUUUUAGCUCACGUAUCCCCGUUGCCGAACCGUAAAAAUGCACUCUUGGGAGCCGAAGAGCUUUCGGAUAAUUACAACGAAGAAUGCUAUCUAAAGACUUUAGAUUGUGCACAAGAGGCUGCCAAUUGUGCAGAUAUGGAUGCGGAUUGUCAAGAAGAUACCGAUGUGCUAUGCAAAGUUCCAACCUCGAAUUGCCUUCAAGAAGAACCAUACACACCGGUGGGUCGCGCAAUCACUGGAGUGAUAGAAAAUAAUGCCAAUCGAACCCCUCCUACAGCCUUAGCAGCGCUCGUCAUCUCUCCAGGAAGUCUGCCAGCCAAGCGAUUAUAUUCAGAUGCAUGGAAGGAACCUCCUUCUGAACAAGCACCUCGCUCAAUAUCAAAAAACAGGCUAUCAUUUUCCAGCAGAAGUGGUCGUAAGAAGGCUUCAGCCAACAAGAAGCCGAUCAUUGCCAGCUUCAAGUUUUAUGCCCAACCUGAGAAAAAGCAGAAGCUUGAGGGAGAGCGGCUUCAAAAGCUUCUCUACAUGAAGGACAGGUUGCCGAGACCAAAGAAUCCUCCUACCUUGACGGUACCUCGUGAGUUCCAGCUUCGUACAGAUGAACGGGCCCACACUCAUCCUGUAGAUUCCAACAAGGCCUCACCCUUCGUUUCCAUGGCCGAAAGAGUCCGAAGGUUCCAUUUGAAAACUCCCGAACGAUUUCACACUCACAACAACAAUUCAGUUAAUGAGACUAAAGUGAUGGAGCACGAGAAAGGAAAGCCGAAGUUAACGGUUGCAAAGUCUCCAGCUUUUGGAACAUCUCAGAGAAUUCGCCCCCCAAAGGUGAAAAGUGCAGCAGAACUUGAAGAGGAAAUGCUCGCUAGGAUGCCGAAGUUCAAGGCUCGCCCAGUACCAAAGAAGAUUCUUGAAGCGCCUGUGUUACCCACUUUUUCUAAAUCCAUUCCGCACGUACCAGAGUUUCAGGAGUUCCACCUACACACCAUGGAACGAGCUCAGCAUCAUGCAAGCUCAGCGAGUUCCUCAUCUAUAGAUUCUGUCUGUACUUCGGAGAAUGUGUCAAAACCAAAAGACUUUUCAAAAAUGCGUCCGCCGCAGCUUCAAACAGCUAGCCGUGUUCGCCCUUCUACGGUGAAGAGUUCGAAAGAGCUAGAAGAAGAGGAGCUUGCGAACAUGCCGAAGUUCAAAGCCCGUCCAUUAAACAAGAUGAUUUUUGAGAGCAAGGGUGACCUUGGUGUUCAUAGGAACCAGAAAAGAGAGGUUACCACGCCACAAGAGUUUCACUUGAAGACCGACGAACGUGCCCACUCACGUGAUCCAGACUUAUUGGCGGAUCAAGUACAGAAGCUUGCGAUAACCAAGCCAAGCAAGGGCGAAAAACCAUUACGACCGACAAUACCAAAACCCUUUCAUCUGGCUACCGAUGACCGUGGACUUGCAAAGGGAAUGAGGGAAAUUCAGGAGAGAAUUCGACAACAGCAGGAUGAAUCCAAGGCUCGAAUACCGAUAGCGAACCCUCUACCUUUGACCACUGAGAUCCCAGAUAUACCUCCUAAGCCAGUUCCCAAAGAAUGCACGAAGCCGGAGCCUUUCUAUUUGGAAAGUUUGUUGCUUCACGAACAGGAGCAAGAACGGCUAGCACAAGAACGCAUCCAAGCUGAACAACUCAACGCUGCGCUAAGAGAAUUUCAUGCGCAACCCAACCUCUCCAAAGUACCAGCUGUUUUGCCAGAAAUUCCAAGAAAAGCGCUCACUACUAUUGAUGAAUUUAAUCUCCUUGUUGAUCAACGUGCUGUUGAGAGAGGAGAAUUCGAUAAAAAGGUGGUGGAGAAGCAGAUGCAGUACAAGCGCUAUCGUGAAAUGUACGAAGCUGCCAAAAAGGCAGAAGAGGAGAGGUUUUUGAAGGCUAUGAGAAAGGAAAUGAUACCUACAGCUCGUCCAAUGCCAGCAUUUCCUCGACCACGCCUACCACUUCGGUCCACAAAAGAACCUACCAAACCAAUGUCACCUCAGUUUUCGAAGAAAACUUUGCAGAAGGAGCGGUGACAGAACUAAUUCCACGGAUACUUCAGAGCUCCCUCUACCGUUUCUUGAUGCACAAAUAGACUUUUUUUUUAAUUCUCUUAUUACAAUGUAACAUAAAAGCCUCAACUUCUAUGCUACUCAUGCUUUACUUCCAAGUUGCUUGGAAAAUUAUACAAAAGUUUGUUUUAGGCAGGCACAAUAUUUCUGCAAGAAAUAAUCCAUUCAUCAUUGAGUUCCACGAGUUGGUGCUCAUACCAUACUUACAGAUAUUGAAAGAUACGUGGAGUCUAGAAGAGAUUCUCAUGGGAACUAUUGUAGACUAAUAAAGCAAGCUUCAGUUCUCUUACCAGGGUAUUCAUUUGAAUAAAUAGUAUAUUGUAAGAAAUUCUACCUGCUCUUCAUUGAAUUACUUUUUGGAUCAA